UAAUGCUAAAAUGUGACCAAUCAGGGCUUCCAGGAAGUUCCAGCAGUAUUCACCAGUGCCGGGGCCUUCUCUGCCAGCCCACUGAGGGGAAGAGGAUGUGAUCAUGCGAUUGCCAGCAAAAGGGAAAUUGUGAAAGAGACCUCACUGUGAAAAGGACAACCCACAACCGCCUGGGGUCUCAGAGAAGGGUGAGCUUCUGAGAGCACUUGUCAGAGAGGAGAACCGUCUGUCCUUCUGUCCAUCGGCAUGGAACCAAAGCAGAUCAGAGAAGGCUACCUUGUGAAGAGGGGGAGCAUGUUUAACACCUGGAAAGCCAUGUGGGUUGUAUUGUUAGAAGAUGGAAUUGAAUUCUACAAGAAGAAAAGUGACAACAGCCCCAAAGGAAUGAUCCCCCUGAAAGGAAGCACCCUGACUAGCUCUUGUCAGGCCUUUGCCAAGAGGAUGCUUGUGUUUAAGAUUACUACAACCAAGCAGCAGGACCACUUCUUCCAGGCAAGCUUCCUGGAGGAGAGAGAUGCUUGGGUCAGAGACAUCAAGAGAGCCAUUAAAUGCAUUGAAGGAGGCCAGAAGUUUGCGAGGAAAUCCACAAGGCGGUCCAUUCGUCUGCCAGAAACCAUCGACUUAGGUGCCUUGUAUUUGUCCAUGAAAGACACUGAAACAGGAAUAAAAGAGCUGAAUCUAGAGAAGGACAAGAAGGUUUUUAACCACUGCUUCACAGGUAGCUGUGUCAUCGACUGGCUGGUAUCGAACAACUCUGUUCGGAAUCGCCAGGAAGGCCUCAUGAUUGCCUCGUCACUGCUCAAUGAAGGCUAUCUGCAGCCUGCUGGAGACCUGUCCAAGAACGCAGUGGAUGGAACUGCUGAGAACCCUUUCCUGGACAACCCAGAUGCCUUCUACUACUUUCCGGACAGUGGGUUCUUCUGCGAAGAGAAUUCCAGUGACGACGACGUGAUUCUGAAGGAAGAAUUCAGAGGGGUGGUUAUCAAGCAGGGAUGUUUACUGAAGCAGGGGCAUAGGAGGAAAAAUUGGAAAGUGAGGAAGUUUGUUCUGCGAGAAGACCCUGCCUACCUGCACUACUAUGACCCUGCUGGGGGGGAAGAUCCCUUGGGAGCGGUUCACUUGAGAGGCUGUGUGGUGACUUCAGUGGAGAGCAGCCCAGAUGGCAGGAAGAGUGAUGAAGAGAACCUUUUUGAGAUCAUCACGGCUGAUGAAGUUCAUUAUUUCUUGCAAGCGGCCACCCCCAAGGAGCGCACAGAGUGGAUCAAAGCCAUCCAGGUGGCCUCACGGACUGGGAAAUGAAGACACAUCUGCAGGUCCUCAUGCCUUCCAGAGAGAAGCCCAUGGAUGAGCUUGGUCCAGGAUCUGUCCACUCCUGUGACGAUUCUGCUGGAAAGGGCCCAGGGGUGGGAAGUUUUUGCCUGAAUGUAACUAGUCAUGUGCUGCAUGAUGUUCACCUGCACUGCCUCUCUCCCUGCAGACUCUGUCCCACUCCAUGUCCCCCCAGACAUAGGACAAACUGUGUGUCCUGGGUAGGCUGUUAAACCUUUCCAGGUCUCAGGGCCUCUUCAGAAAAAUGAAGGAGGUGAACUAAGGUCUCUGAAAUCCUCCCUAGCUUAAAAAACCAAACCAAACCAAACCAAAUCAAUAACAUCAAAAAAGCAAUGCUCUGUGAUUCUAAUCCUCCUGAAAGUGAGAGUACCUCUAGAUAUCCUGCUGGUGUCCUUCCUGGGCCAAGUCUUGGCCUCUGGUGGUCUUAAGAUGAGCCAGAACCUGACAGCCCUUCCCUUUGAAAUUGUUGCCCAUCUGUACUGAGAGGACUAGGUGCAGACCUCUUCAUUUUCUUUAGCCACUUUGCACUGGUUUUUUCCCAUGAGAACAUGUCACAAAAUGAAGGAGAGCACGCUUCUUUCUUCCCUCCCUUCCCCAACACUUCCUGAGAGAAGUGGUGCUUUUAGAAUUAAGUCUUAUAUUGCUUUUACCAUUGGGAGGUUUUCUCUUCUGAGAGAAAGCCCUGAGGAGGCCAGGAGCAGCUGAGGGUCCUUUCCAGGCCCUGAGGCUGCGGGUCUAUCCUACCCCCACUUGAGUCUGAUGUGAGCAAGGUCUCGCCGUGUUCCUUUCUGGAGUUUUUCUCUACCAUUUAUUGUAAUUAGAGGGGCCCAGAUCUAUGAAUUUCUUUUGAGGUUUAGGGUCCGGGUAAGUCAUAUGGGUUCCCUGCAUGUGUGAGGCCUGAGCAGCAGCCUGGUUAAUGUGUCCCCGUCUGUGGAGAGUGGAGAAGCUGGAGCCCAGACCAGCUGAUUAGAUGAUGGCUUAUACAAAGGCAGCUCUGAAAGGACUCAGACCCUCAGAGCUUGUGGUGGUGGCUGUCACCAUUGUGCAGUGCCUUCAGUUCUUCGGUUCAUGAUGGCUGUGCCUGAGCCUUUGCACGCAUGGUAGCUGCUCUGACGUGGACUCUGAGGGCUUCAUGGCCCUGUCAUUAGCCAGAAUGAUCUGAUCUAGGUUAAAAGGAAAACAGAUUUAGGUUUUCAUCCUGACAUCUAACUAGUCAACCUUCUCCCAAAUUGAGAAAGACAGCACCUGUACAACCAGGUAUGUGUGUGAAGGUGUAGUGUGUAGUUUUCCAAAUCUAGGUUUUUAAUUUUAUGGCCCCAGUAAGGAAAGGCAAGUAGAAAAUCCUUCAUGAUAUGAUAAACUCUUCAAUUCCCCUGCCUCGUCCACAAGGUUGUGCGCCCGCUCCCAGAUUGUUUUAUCGACGGCCCAGAGGAGAAGGGCUGUCUUUUUUUCUGAUUCUUUAGCACACUGUCUUCAUAAAAUAUGCACAAUAGAUUUUCUACUUUCAGUGUUAAAAAUAUUUAUUGAUAUGGUGUCAGCAUUAUGUUUGGAAAUAAACACGACUGGGUGUAUUGUC